GCGUGACGGCCCGGCCGGGAAUUGGUGGCGGUGCUGCAGCCAUUUCCGGUUUCGGGGAGGUGGGUGGGGUGCGGAGCGGGACUUGGAGCCGCCGCAGCCGCUGCCGCCUCCCACAGAUCUUGCCUUGCGCCUGGUGCUGCUGGGACGAUGCGGCCGGGGCCCGGAGGCUGCUGCUGCCGCCGCCCGGUGCGGGCGAACGGCUGCGUGGCGAACGGGGAAGUACGGAACGGGUACGUGAGGAGCAGCGCCGCUGUCGCCGCCGCCGCUGCCGCCGCCGGCCAGAUCCAUCACGUUACACAAAAUGGAGGACUAUACAAAAGGCCGUUUAAUGAAGCUUUCGAAGAGACACCCAUGCUGGUUGCGGUGCUCACAUAUGUGGGCUAUGGUGUACUCACUCUCUUUGGAUAUCUUCGAGAUUUCUUGAGACAUUGGAGAAUUGAAAAAUGUCAUCAUGCAACAGAAAGAGAAGAACAGAAGGACUUUGUGUCAUUGUAUCAGGAUUUCGAAAACUUCUAUACAAGGAAUCUUUACAUGAGGAUCAGAGACAACUGGAAUCGGCCAAUCUGCAGUGUGCCUGGAGCCAAGGUGGACAUCAUGGAGAGACAAUCUCAUGAUUAUAACUGGUCAUUCAAGUAUACAGGGAAUAUAAUCAAAGGUGUUAUAAACAUGGGUUCCUACAACUAUCUUGGAUUUGCCCGGAAUACUGGAUCAUGUCAAGAAGCAGCUGCCAAAGUUCUAGAGGAGUAUGGAGUUGGAGUGUGCAGCACUCGGCAGGAAAUCGGAAACCUGGACAAACAUGAAGAACUAGAGAAACUUGUAGCAAGAUUUUUGGGAGUGGAAGCUGCUAUGACAUAUGGCAUGGGAUUUGCAACAAACUCAAUGAACAUUCCUGCUCUUGUUGGCAAAGGUUGCCUGAUUCUGAGUGAUGAGCUGAACCAUGCAUCACUGGUUCUGGGAGCCAGACUGUCGGGAGCAACCAUUCGGAUCUUCAAACACAACAAUAUGCAAAGCCUGGAGAAGCUAUUGAAAGAUGCCAUUGUUUAUGGUCAGCCCCGGACACGAAGGCCCUGGAAGAAAAUUCUGAUCCUAGUGGAAGGAAUUUAUAGCAUGGAGGGAUCGAUUGUUCGCCUUCCUGAAGUGAUUGCUCUCAAGAAGAAAUACAAGGCCUACUUGUAUCUCGACGAGGCGCACAGCAUCGGGGCCCUGGGCCCCACGGGUCGAGGUGUGGUGGAGUACUUUGGUCUGGAUCCAGAGGAUGUGGACGUUAUGAUGGGGACAUUCACAAAGAGCUUUGGUGCUUCUGGAGGCUACAUCGGAGGCAAGAAGGAGCUGAUCGACUACCUGCGCACACAUUCGCACAGCGCGGUGUACGCCACGUCCCUGUCGCCGCCGGUGGUGGAGCAGAUCAUCACCUCCAUGAAGUGUAUCAUGGGCCAGGACGGCACGAGCCUCGGCAAAGAGUGUGUCCAGCAGUUAGCUGAAAACACCAGGUACUUCAGGAGACGCCUGAAAGAGAUGGGCUUCAUCAUCUAUGGAAAUGAAGAUUCUCCAGUGGUGCCUCUGAUGCUCUACAUGCCAGCCAAAAUAGGCGCCUUUGGACGGGAGAUGCUGAAGCGGAACAUCGGUGUAGUUGUGGUGGGAUUUCCUGCUACUCCAAUUAUAGAGUCGAGAGCCAGGUUUUGUCUGUCAGCAGCUCAUACCAAAGAAAUACUAGAUACCGCGUUAAAGGAGAUAGAUGAAGUUGGGGACCUGUUGCAGUUGAAGUAUUCCCGCCAUCGGUUGGUACCUCUACUGGACAGGCCCUUUGAUGAGACUACCUACGAAGAGUCGGAAGACUGAGCCUUUUUGGUGCUCCCUCCGAGGAACUCUCCCUCGCCCAGGACAGUGUGUGGCCUCUCUGAGCCAGCUCCAGGAACCACACUUCUGUGGCCACCUCACGUGAAAGACAUUGCCUCACCUGCUGACGGUGGCUGCCUCCACUCCAAAUGGCAUUUUGUAAAUAGUAAAAACUGCUUCCUAUCCUUCCUUCGCUAAACCUCACCUUUCAAAAAUGAGGUGACUCACUUGGCUCUUUUGUCCAUUAAAAAAUGUUUUUAUUUUAUAACUAUUCUACUUGUGAAAUCACACUGACCCUAGCCACGUAGGCCACUGCCCUCUGCAGCCCCUGUGGGUUUGGGCCCACAGAGAGCUCCUGCAGGCCCUGGUCCUGCAGCCUCAACGCACACCUGGCCCUCCUCCCUAGGGAGCAAGUGCCUUCCACUUACUUCCCAUCCAGGCCUCUGAGGUUACAAACUUAGGUGUCUUGGUUUAACCAGUCAAGUCAUCAACCAAAGUAUUCUCCAUUUUAGUCCUAAGUUUAGCCUGUUAAGAAAAACAGUAAAUAACAAUGCUGAAAGACUCAUUAUGUAAUUUCCCCAGGCUUUGGUCUUGCUCCAGCAGAUCAUUUCUUCCUUCCCCAUCAAGUACUCCAGGUGGAGGGUGUGUCCAGAUUCGGGGUUCUGCUCAGGCUGUAGCCCCAUACUUUGAUCCCCUGUUUCAGGCAUCGUGUUAAAAGCACUCGUGUUCCACUGCGGCAGGCGCUGUGCUGCAGGUGCCCCCACACCUCUGUACAAAGCUGCCAUGAGGCGUGACACACGCUCCUUGGCAAAGUGAAGGGCGGGGCAGUGUGGGAAGAACCGAUCACUUGUAGAACGUCUGUGCUUAGGAUUUCUUACUGCUCUCUCCAUUGCAAAACAGUGACAGCCUCCCGCUGGUUCUGGGUCCAAAUGAGGAUUUAAGCUGAUAAAAGAAAAUGUUGGUAAAUUCUCUGCUCAUAAAUAAUUUAUCAUGUUCCUGUUUAAGGAUUACAAUGAUUAACUUAGCUCUUUUGGAAGCUGAUCCACUUACGUGUUGGCCUUCUGGAUGCUGGUUCUCUUAUUCUUGACGUCCAAAGACAGUUUUAACCUGCACCUGUGGCUAGAUUCUGCCUGUCCUUCUGGGCCUGUAUUUUUUUUUCUCUGAGGAAUUCUGAACACUUAUCUCUGCUCAACUGGGAGAGCCCAUACUUCGGCUCUGUUUUCAUACUGUACCCAGGCCAGGGGACUUCUUUCAGAAAGCUUUAUACUGCUUGACCAAAGAACACAUCUGAAAAUCACCACUUUGAGGUUCUUACUUUUUCUGUUGACCAAAGCUUAAGUGAUCAAGAGAACUUCUGGCUUUAUUGUACCCUAGAUCAGCUUGUGUUUUAGUGGCCAAGUAUUGGAGGAGAUGGUUUGGGAGGAUAACGGAAAGCCGUGUGUGAAAGUCACUUUCUGCGUCUGUGUUUUGGAGCCUGCCCCUUUCGUUGCUGAAGAUUCCCAAUGCAGGUUCUUCCGGGUGUGCUGUCCUCUUGCCGUGUGCCCACGCAGACACCCGUGAGGAAGGAUGCCGGCAGUGUUAGUGACUGUCGGUGAGGUUCUGCUUUCAUGUCUUGCACAUAAGUUAUGUCUUCGUCACUCUCGGCAUCUGAGAGCUUUAAGCCUUUGAGAUGGUCAGAUUCUGUUUUGCUUUUUAAAGAACAGGAAGAACCAAGGAGAGACACAGGGACUAUAUUUAGUAUGUACCAGUUAAAAUAAUAAUAAUUUUGAAAAGACUGGUGACUAAAUAGCCCUAAAAGAUCACAUGCAUUGCUAACCUUUUCCACAAGUCUGAUUUCCCGCUAUAGAAUCCCACUGAAAUGUCGGAUUGCUUUUGCACAGCAGUCACUGCCUACGGUGUAGGUAUAAGGUUUGCAAAAGUCACAAACUUUAAGCAGUGAACUUGCCUUCUUAUUUUGACUUGCAUGAAGUUACUGCAAAUUAAAAUGUCAGUAUGGGCAUUUAAAAUGUAUAUGAAUCACUUUGUUGGUGGAAUUAAGUUACCAGUUUGUUUCGAAGAGACAAAACUGACCUAUCCGGGACCUCUGUACUUUCAAGAGGACAAUUUUUUUUUAAAUACAUUUUUAUUUUUUUUGAAAGGCAGAGUGACAGUUGAUUUGCUCCCCAGAUGGCCAACAGCCAGGGCUGGGCCAGGCUGAAGCCAGGAGCCCAGAACCCCAUCUGGGUCUCUCCUGUGGGUACAGGGGCGCAGGCACAUUAGCAGGGAACUGGAGCAGGACGAGCACCCAGGACUCAGAUUGUUGUUCCCAUAUAGGAUGCUGGAUGCUGGUAUCCCAGGCAGCAGCGUAACCUGCUGUGCCACAUGCCAGCCCCUAGAAGACAAAAUUUUGUUUGUAUUAUGCAUGGUUGUCUCUUCAUGACACUGUAAUAUAAAUCUGGGGUCCAGUCAUAUCAUAGGUACCGUUGUCUAAGUUCUUAAAGAAAUGCAAAUAUAUAUAAAUCCAAUCACUGGGAAUGAAUACAAAUCUAGGACAUGCAAGGAUUAUUUAGUACACAGUGUAACAUGGCCUGAGAUUCAAGAAUCUGCUAGAAUUCAAACAGGUGUCAGUUAACCAUCACUCCCAGAGCUGAUCAUAGGAGUUAAUCAAUAGAAGUUGACUGAUCUUACCCCUUUUCUUCAUCCUUUUUUUUUAGUUUGUAUUGCCUUUGUCCAUUUCACGUUCAUGUGACCUCUUUGAGCAAAUCCCAUCAGAAGCCAGGACAUGUAUGGCCAGGGGACAUGAAAAUCUCACAUAGAAUCACAUCAAGUGGCAGCUUCUCCUAUCUUUAUUUUAACCUAGUAGGGUCAAAGACUCCAGGGUACUCUCUUAACUUUGCUGUGCUUUGGAUUAAAAAAAAAAUUAUUAGAAAACGAUUUUUGGCAUUGUCUUAACAUCUGGUGCUAGGCUGUGGAUUUCAGAUGGUCUGAACGAGCUUCUUCCUGUAUAGUCCCUCUAGAAGGUGAACAGAGUCCUCCUGACAACCUGUGAGGCCUGCACAUUUGCCUCAGCCCCCAAGGGAGGCCAAGGGAUGGUACAGCGUCCCUCUGCUUUUGUCUCUGGAGUCCCUCCCUGCUAGACUUGGCCCUUCUCUCUUUCUAUACCUUCCAGUUCUUGGUUUGCCGAAUUCCAGCUCCAGAGAAGACUGAGCUGCGGUGGCCCAGGGCCGUGAGGAUCAGUAGGUCAGCCCCGUGGCUCUGCGUGUGCAUCAGCCUGACAUUUCAGGAAGAAGCAGGACAUGAUGACUUUCCCACCUUGUGGAGCCUCUGGGUUUCUCAAGGUCUAGGUGAAUUUUCUAGUGUAUGAUACUGUUUGCUUCCUUCCUAAUAGUGAAAACCAGGAGAUUUUACAUGGAGAGAUGUUAUGAUUUUUCAAAGAAGGGAAAAACUGUGACAUCUACCAGCACCUCCCUGUUUUUCCUUCUUUUCCAAAUUUAUGAAAAUCUCUGGUCUCCACUGCUGCUGGGUUGGGUAAUGCUACACGCAGUGAAGGGAAAAGAAUCUAGGUGAUUCUUAUUUUGUAGGAAGUAGUAGCCGUGUGGCAAAACCACCUGAACAAGGUUAAGUACAGUUGUACUCUUAUAUAACAAAAUUCCUGGAACCUAAUUCCCAGGGUGUCCUUGCUCUUCUAGGGUUCUAGGUAAGGCAAAAUGGCUGCUGUAACUGUGUCAAUAGACAAAAAGGGAGAGUAGUGGUUUUCCUUUUCUGUCUAUACUCAUGAAGAAUUCACAUAGGUAAACUCUGCUUAGCCCAAAGCAAUUGUGAGAAAGGAAAUACGAGAAUCUAGGAUUCUUUUUGGCUGCUGAGCCCAGAAGCGAUAGAUGUUUUUUGUCCUGCAGCAGGCCCAGAACCUGCGUUGCCUCCCUAAGAUGGAAGUUCAGUGUCCAUCAGGCAUCUUAAUCCAUCAAGCCAAUUAAUCCAAAUACCUCCACGUGGAGAAAUGCAUGCCCCUGUCUCUCCUUGGUGUUAGCCACGUGAAGUGUGAGCGUGGGCUCCUAGCCCACAGCUGUGUCCAGCCAGCUGCCCAGCUGGAGGCCUGGCUUCCCCCCUUAAGACACAGAAGUGAACGCUGGAGUUGCCAGCUAUUGCCUUGCUUUACUAGUGUAGAAAACGCUGCUGUUCUUUUGUCAUUGCCGGUGACUUCGGUUUUCCCAGCACCUUCUCCUAUCGACUGUUUUCCAGGGAGGAAACCAAAGGGUCUCACAGGCCCCUAAAGCAAAUGUUAUUCUCAUCUUUGGUGAUUCUGGAGCUGUCGCAUUCGCAAUCCACUCUUGACAGUGGCUUGGUUGGGGGAGCUGUGGGCAAGGUUCUGUUUACUGCAUAGUACGCGGGAGAGAUGGCCUUAAACUGCUUCUUUCUGGAAUGAUGAGUUAUAAUUCACGGACCUGAAAGAACGCACUGGCACUUAACCUGUAGUUUACUGUGUUCUAAUGAAGCAAUACCCAAAGCCCGGUUCUUUGGAGCAGUAGUGGGCCAGGUGAAUGAAAGGCAUAGACAAGAGCGGUACCCUGGUGCUGUGCUGCCUGCGUAUCCUGCCUCCUUGCUGUCUGCCCAGAUGAACCAAUCCCUCUGUGCGUGAGGAGUCUCGAACCAACUCCGAGUCAGCUUUUGCAACACGAUUCGCAGGUUCUCCUGCAAGCUUGCUAAGAGAGUAGGGGACUGACUAGGGUGGAGCGGCAACGUGUCCUCACCCUCAACAUCAGGCCUGUCACCUCAGUGACGGUAAGCCGAUGGUUGGAAUUCCAACAAGCAUCCUGGGCGGUUCUUCCCGGGACACUGGGAAGGUCUGUGCAUGCAGCCGGCACGCCCCCUGGCUUGACGUUCCCUCUCUGUAAAGGCAGCUAACGGUAGAGAAGGGGGGACUCUGAGAGAGCCCUAGCUUAUGGGAGUGCUGAGAUGCUUCGCUGGCCCAUUUUUCCCCCACGAACCAAGUUAUCUGUAAACUGGAAUUUGCAAGAGGUGCUAUGACUAUAACUCUUUCCGUUGCUGUAAUGUUCAUAUGAUCUGAGAAAGUGAGAGAAGGAGAAGUGUAAAUAAAAAUUUAUAAAUUUUA